UCCCAAUAAGAAAGAAGAAGCAAGUUUUUUCAUACGUAAAUAUUUUAACAAAUUGGAAAAGUGAAUAAUUUUUUUAACACGUUAAAACAAACAAAAUUUUAUUUAUUUUAAGAAAUUCAUACAAUUUAAACGCAUAACAAUGCAAUACAUAUAAAAUAAAGUGAAAAUAAACGAAAUAAUUACAAUAAAUUUACAUAUAGACAGAAAAUUACAAGAGGAAAAAGUGUCGGAAUAGAAAAAAAAACAAGAAUAGAAAAAAAUGUCAUUUGUGCGUACGGCAGCAGUAGCGGGCGCUGCCACGGCCGGCAGUGCAGAAUCGGUGCAAAAAUUUGUUGAGGCUUUACAGGCCGAUUUCAAAACAUUAUCGCUGGAAACAAAAAAGAAAUAUCCACAAAUCAAAGAGUCCUGUGAAGAGGCAAUUUCAAAAUUAUCCUCAGCUGGCUCGAAUCAACAGCAAUCUGUGUACUAUACCGUCAAUCAAAUCUUAUACCCUUUGGUUCAAGGAUGUGAAACGAAAGAUUUAAAAAUUAUUAAAUUUUGUUUGGGUAUGAUGCAGCGCCUUAUCACCCAGCAGGUGGUUGAUCAAAAAGGUGCUCGCUACAUAACCGAUGCCUUGUGGAUGUUAAUGGAACACAACAUUGAAGAGGUUAAAGUUCUACAGACAGUCACACUGCUUCUCACCACCAACACUGUAGUGCAUGGUGAUACUUUAGCUAAAUCGCUGGUCCUAUGUUUCCGUCUGCACUAUACGAAAAAUUCGACUAUUGUUAAUACAGCUGGAGCGACUAUACGUCAAUUGGUGUCGCUGGUUUUUGAGCGUGUAUACUUGGAAAAAGAUUCUUUAACAUCGAUUCAGCAAAAAGAUUCAUCUGGUAAUGUGGUUGAAAUUGAUGUUAGCGAUAAUAGCGUUACGGGCGGAGGUAAUGGUUCUAAUAUACCAGGCGGUCCCCAUGAAAUGUCACCCUUUGCUUCGGAUGCUUUCUUUUUAUUUCAGGAUUUGGUACAUUUGGUUAAUGCCGAUCCCCCUUUGUGGCUUGUGGGCAUGAAUGAAAUGACACGGACUUUUGGUUUAGAGCUGUUGGAAGCUGUUUUAACUAAUUUCAGUGCUGUAUUCCAUGAAAAUCGUGAUUUUCGUUUGCUACUCAAAGAACGGGUCUGUGCUUUGGUCAUUAAAUUGUUUUCACCCAAUGUGAAACAUCGUGCAUUGCCCACACAAAAUGUUAAUGGUAAUGCCAAUACACCAAGCGAUAAACCCUACUUUCCCAUUAGUAUGCGCCUACUAAGACUGGUGGCGAUAUUGAUACAGAAAUAUCAUACCAUACUGGUGACAGAAUGUGAAAUAUUUCUAUCGUUGAUUAUCAAAUUUCUGGAUCCUGAUAAGCCACACUGGCAGCGGGCCUUGGCACUGGAGGUCAUACAUAAAUUGGCUACGAAACCUUCGCUGGUGGCAUUCUUUUGCAAAUCGUAUGAUUGUAAGAAUCAUGCAACAAAUAUUGUGCAAGAUAUGAUUACCUCAUUGGGUACUUAUGUGCGUUAUUCGUUAAUAAAUUCAGCGGCAUUAUUGAAUGGCCAACAGAAUGGUGCCCAACAAUUGAAUACUUUAACGGCACAUAAUUCAAACAAUCAAUGUGGUUUUGUGUUUCGUGGUGCCUAUAUGCCCUUGGUGGCCACAUUUGCACCGGGUUUGGCUAAGGCAGUCUAUUUGGAAAUGUUGGAUAAGUUGGAGGCCCCCAAUAUACCCGACAGUUAUGGCAUUUCAGUGGCCUAUGCCAUACUUUUGGAUAUAACACGCUCCAUAGGAGGUGUUAUACAACGUACACCAGAAGUGCAUCCCACUCAUAAUAUGGCAGUUAUUACUGAGGAAGAACAUAAACCUUUAUGUUUGCAACUAAUAAAUUCCAGCUGGUCUGGUUUAUUAUCAGCAUUUGUACCCUUAGUUGAUGCUUCCAUAGAUGAAGCCACCACCGAUAACAUUUUAAAAGCCAUGCAAAAUUACGCUGCUUUGUGUGGCAUUAUGGAUUUACUUAAUCCACGAGAUGCUUUCAUUAUGGCCAUAUGUCGUGCUUCAUUUCCACCCCACUAUGCCAUGUCCAUAUUUGCCAAUAAUCCACACAUGGAUGUUGAUCUGCGCUGUCACACCCGUUCGAAUAGUCAAGAUUUGAACAAUCAAUUCAUGAGCACUUGCCAAGACACGGGCGAUUUUCGCCAGCAAAUUGUGGCGGUGGGCACACCACUGCCUAGUGCUUCGCUGCCACACAGUGUGAUGCAGGCACCCGUCAUGUUGACUACCAAAAAUUUGCAAUGCAUGCGUGCCAUAUUGUUUUUGGCUCACAGCAAUGGCAGUAUUUUGGGCACAUCCUGGCAUAUUGUCUUACAGACACUGCAACAUUUGGUGUGGAUAUUGGGUUUGAAACCGUCGACGGGUGGCAGUUUGCAGGCAUUCCCCAAGCCUGCCGUAGAGGCCAAUGUGGGCAUACAAACAGCUGUAAUGGCUGAUCUACCAGUAUUAUCACAAAUGUUAAGUCAACUAUUCGAAUCAAGUCAGUAUUUGGAUGAUGUGGCUUUGCAUCAUCUAAUUGAUGCUUUGUGUAAAUUGUCGCAUGAGGCCAUGGAAUUGGCUUAUGCCAAUAGGGAACCCUCUCUGUUUGCAGUGGCCAAACUGUUGGAGACAGGUUUGGUUAAUAUGCCUCGCAUAGAGGUUUUAUGGCGUCCUUUAACUAAUCAUUUAUUGGAAGUUUGCCAACACCGUCACAUACGUAUGCGAGAAUGGGGCGUAGAGGCCAUAACAUAUUUGGUGAAGUCUGCUUUGCAAUACAAACACAGUCAACCCUUAAAGGAAAAUAUGAAUUUGCAAACCAUGCUUUUAAGUCCUCUCUCCGAAUUGUCUACGGUGCCCCAUGCUGAUGUUCGGCAAAGACAAUUGGACUGUGUUCUGCAAAUAUUGAAUGGAGCUGGUGAGAUAUUAUCGUUUGGAUGGCCAGCUAUUAUCGAGAUAAUAGGCGCUGUAAAUGAGCAUCAUGGUGAACCCUUGAUACGUACUGCAUUUCAAUGUUUACAAUUGGUUAUAACCGAUUUUCUGACCGUUAUGCCCUGGCGCUGCUUGCCCUUGUGUAUCAGCACGGCGGCCAAGUUUGGUUCGCAAACGCAGGAAUUAAAUAUUUCCCUAACGGCCAUAGGUUUAAUGUGGAACAUCUCUGACUUUUUUAAUCAAAAUCAAGACAAAUUAAUGUCUACCCAGGUGGAUGAUUCUACCAUAUUACCAGAUUUUCCUGGUACUGUUAAAAUGCCACAAUUUGAUAAGCUGUGGAUGUGUUUAUAUGCCAAAUUAGGUGAACUUUGUGUUGAUUCUCGUCCUGCGGUACGCAAAUCGGCUGGCCAGACAUUAUUUUCUACCAUAUCGGCCCAUGGUAGUCUUUUGAAUCCGCCCACCUGGCAGGCUUUGGUAUGGCAGGUUCUAUUUCCCUUGCUGGACAAUGUUAGAGCUCUCUCCAGCUCGGCUAGCAAUGAGAAAGUGGAUGCCAGCGGCAAUAUUUUAAUACAUCAUUCCCGUAAUACCGCCCAAAAGCAAUGGGCUGAAACUCAAGUGUUGACUUUAUCAGGUGUUUGCAGGGUUUUCAACACCAAACGCGAUUUAAUACAAAUGCUGGGCGAUUUCGAUCGUGCCUGGUCUCUAAUAUUGGAAUUCAUACAAAAUGCUGCUUUAAGCAAAAAUGGUGAAGUAUCAUUGGCGGCUUUGAAAUCUCUGCAAGAAAUUAUGUAUCAUAAUGCGGAUAACAAACAGUGUAGCAAUAAAACUGAGGCCGCUGGCGGUGACAAAGCUAAAUUGAAAAGUGAAGAAAUUUGGAAUAUCGCUUGGAAAAUUUGGCUUAACAUUGGCAUGGAGAGCACCAAAAUGUCGGCUAAAUCUCAAGAUUCUACGCAGGAUGAAUUCUAUAUACCCAGCCAGGCCUAUUUGACGGCAUUAAUGCAAAUAUUCCCAGCCAUAUUUCAGCAAAUACAGAAAAGAUUUAAGCCAGCCGAUUUUGAUAAAUUUUGUACAGUCUUAACCAAUGCCGUUUGUAUACCCGUACAAACCGAAGCAGUUCCUUAUAUAAUGUCUUCAGUAUCGGACUCAUUAUUAACCCCACUACACGAUAGUAUCCUAGAAUGUAUGGAAUUGAUACAGAAGGAAGCCACAAAAGAUGAAUCCAAUUUAAGUCAUAUGAUUCCUGCAAUAUUCCGUCAAUUGUUGGUGUUUAGUAAAUUUGCCUGUACGCCACCAACGUUGCAGGUGAGCGAACAGCAUAAAUAUGCCAAAACAACGAAUCAUUAUGGUAACAAUAGUUCGGUGGAAGUUGUAAGCAUGAAUUACAUACCAUUUGGUGAGAAAUCUAUAAGUAUAUGCGUGAAAUUGUAUCAAACGACAGCCAUGGAGGAGUCUGUAAUGCAAGAGCAUAUUUUACAUGAAAUAAUUAAGGCUCUGCGCACUCCCUUGGCUAUGAAAUAUAAAUGUUUGGCCUCCACUACUUGGAAACUAGCGAUCUCAAGUUUAAUAACUGUUUUACAUACCGGCUUAAAAGUGGCUAGAGCGAAACCAAAUCAUUUUACCGGCAUGUGGGAUGAUCUAGCCGAUACUUUGGAUAAAUUCUUAUUCCCUCAAAGUGUCUGCACCAUUGAAGAUCGUGGCCUUGAAGAAAUUGUCUUAGACGAAACCAUCGAUUGUCAAGUUAUCGAAUUAUUACGUGAUGAAGUUUUGCCUUAUGCCCAUGAAAUGCCUCAUCAAUUUAUUAUGCAAAUUGUGGUUUUACUCAACAAGGGCUCCAUACAUUCCGCUUCUGAUACGAAUAUUUGCUAUGAAUCUGAUUGGAAAUUACGCGAGAUUUUCGCCAAAACAUGCUUUGAAACUCUGUUGCAAUUUUCUCUUUUGGAUGAUAAUUGCAAUAAUAAUCGAUCUUCUGGUUCCAACUCUACAUUGGCAUCGAGCUCGGCGGUUAGUGCUUUGAAUGCUAAUAUCGCUAAUGCUGUUGGUGGUGCGGGUAGUGGUGGCAAAGAUUUUGCUGGUCGUUUGGCUGUAACAGCUUUGUUGCAUCGUUUCCAGGAGGUAUUGAAACGUUUUAACGAUGACGAAAGACAAAGUGGGAAGUGUCCUUUGCCAAGAUUUCGUUUAUCGGAAAUAUCGUUUGUUUUAAAAGCCAUUGCCACUUUGGUAAUCUCUAUGAAAAAGGCACCAGCCUCUAAAGUUAAUAAACCCGCUUGGGAUCAAUUGAUUGGUCUCUAUCCCUAUUUGGUGGAUUGUACCACAACCACAUCGCCCGAAGUAUCACGUUCUUUAAGGGAAGCUUUACUGCAAUACACCGAUUUAUUGCAGGCGCCAAAAUGUUUAACUAACGAUACCAACACCAACCUUUCCCCAACAAACGAAUUGACACAACAACAACAAUCGAAUGGACAAGAGUGAAAACAUUUUAACAUUUAAGAUAAACAAUAUACAUAAUAAUAAUAAUAAUAUUUUAAAAUUUUUGGAGACUCGUCGUAAUAUUUAUUUUCUUAAUUUUUUGUUUUCCAAAAAAAAAAUAAUUCCAAAAAUGAAAUUUAAGUUUAAAAUUUUUAAUUUCGCCCCCCAAAAGAAACCGAAGCAAAUGAUAAAAUACAUAAAUAAUAUGUUAGAUAUUAAAAAAAAGAUUAAAAAAAAAUAAACAAACAGUAAAUAGCAAUUAUACAUACAA